CGCCUUUCUACAGCCAGUCUGCUGCUUGAACGGCGAUUGCCAAUCCAACCCAAUCACCUUCGUGUCUACGACACUUUUAUUUGCUUUAUCAACCCUCAUUGAUCGCUGCAGUUGGGCCUUCAACAAGAUGGCCUCACCUGCAGUGUCAACCCCGUCAUCUGCCGGGUCCCCCGCGGCACUUGCCCCGGCCCCUCCGGUUCUUGCUAUCCAGUCUGCCAACAUUCCAAAUAUGGGUGCUGCUGCUACUUUGGCACCGGGUCCUCCAAGGCCUACGAUCGUAACGCGAAAAGAAUGGAUCAUCCCGCCCCGCCCCAAGCCGGGGCGCAAGCCAGCAACAGACACUCCACCUACGAAACGGAAAGCUCAAAACCGCGCGGCACAGAGAGCUUUUAGAGAGAGACGAGCCGCGAGGGUUGGGGAGUUGGAGGAACAACUUGAGGAGGCAAAGGAGGAGCAUCACAGGCGCGAAACCGAAUUGAGAGAUAAGAUCAAAAGGCUAGAGGCGGAUGUCCUACGCUUCAGCGGCGAAUUGCAGUCGUGGAGACUACGAUGUGAUACUUUGGACCGUAUCGCAGAAUACGAGAGGAAGGAGAAGGAAGCUGCUCUUGCGGAAUUGUCGUAUAUUCGGAAUGGUGCCCUUACAACAGGGACGGAUGCCGUACCCCUCCCUCCAAGACGAGGUCGGCAACAAGAGUCAAGAGCACCUGCUGCACCCGCAACACCGACAACACCGCAAUAUUCCUCAUAUGAUGCCAACCCCGCCAAAGCAGAGGAACUUCAUGGUUGUGGUGAUUGCACAUCUACAGGUAACUGUGCGUGUGUUGAGCGGGCUAUGACUAUCUCUACAUCUGGAUGCGGGAAAUGUUCAGUUGAUACGCACUGCGUGUGCUUGGAGGAGACCAUCAACGGUUCUGCUGACAUGCCUAUUACCGUGGACCUCAAGAGAGCACGCUCGCCUCCGAUAGAAGAGUAUUCCGAGAAGCGUCAACGCCAAUCAGACCCUUCUACGCCACUUGAGGUUGAUUUCACUGCACAAUUCUCCUCGAAGCCUGUCCACGAGAUCCAAUCUUCUCCUCAGGCUGCUCCCAUGCCUACACGACCACCAGGUGAGCCGUGCGGGUUCUGUGAGGAGGGCACAUAUUGUAUGUGUGCUGAGGCUGCUAUGGCGGCCAAUGCUGAAUCCGAACGGGAGCACCAGAAUCGUCUUGCACCUCUGUUGAACGAGGUAACCCCGCCUCCCUCGGACACAGAUGUUGAUGGCACAAACAAGUUACCGCCAAUGCAUCCCACUCAGAUGCACCAACCUGUUGCAUCAGACUCCUGUGUCAACGGACCAGGAACAUGUCAGCAAUGUCAAAAUGAUCCCAAAUCGGGAUUAUUCUGUCGCUCACUUGCCGCUUUGCGUGCAUCCGCUACGCCUGGCUCCGCUCCGCCAGGAGGCUGUUGUGGUGGUAAUGCUGCAGGUGGAGGAUGUUGCAAGUCCCUUCAGACAGCACAACCGACUCGACCUCCACCUAGCUUGUCCUGUGCCGACACUUACAAGACUCUUUCUACCCACAAAAACUUCGAUCAAGCAAGUGAUGAAUUGAGCACCUGGCUUGGACGCCUUCAUGCGACUCCUCCUCAACACGCUGGCAGAGCGCCAAUGGAGGUCGAGGCUGCAAGUGUUAUGGGCGUUCUCAAGCUAUUUGAUCGUCGAUUUGGUAGAGGAUGAGCUAUGUCUGUUUAUGUCUGUUUAUGUCCAUAUUCUCUUUUCUUGCAGCGUCUGAGCACCAUUCGGGCGGGUUUAUUACCUUUGUCUUUGCUUUUUUUGUACUGAAACAGAUCUGCGGGCUGCAAGAAGUUUUUAAUUCAACGACACACCGUCAAGGUGGAGGCUGAUGAUAGAUGCGGAUGUCUCAUAGAGGAUGGCUAGCCUCGGGGCACUACGAUUGU